CACCUCCCCCAAGUUCUGAUUCUCACCUAGAUUUGAGAGAGAGAGAGAGAGAGAUGGGUAGUCUUAGAAAUCCAAAAUACAAGAAGGUGUUGUAUGGUUUUCAGUUUUUUUUGUUGUUAAUUCAAACAAAAGCAGCUUUGUGUUACCAAUACAAGGUUGGAGAUUUAGAUGCUUGGGGCAUACCCACUCGAGCAAAUCCACACAUCUACACCAAAUGGUCCAAAUACCACAACUUCAAGAUUGGAGACUCCCUCUUGUUCCUAUACCCACCAAGUCAAGAUUCAGUUAUUCAAGUGACAGAGCAAUCAUUCAAUACCUGCAAUCUCACAGAUCCAAUCUUGUACAUGAACAAUGGCAACUCCCUCUUCAACAUCACCUCACCUGGUGACUUGUACUUCAGCAGUGGAGCAGCAGGGAGCUGUCAAAAGUCACAGAAGCUCCAAAUCUCUGUGCUUUCUGGAAAUGGCUCAUCAUCAUCUGCAUUCUCACCCUCCUAUGGUCCCACAGCUUCUUCACCAUCUUACCCAACCGUGUUCGGUUCCAUUCCGGCGCCGCCUUCAUCUUCGUCCUUGUUAAAUGUUCCCGUCUUCAUGUCAGCAGCCAUUGGUUUUCUCCUGGUAUGCUAAUUGGUUUUCACUUGUGAGUGGCAGGCAGGCAGCAUAUGAAUGAAAGAUUACAUCGUUUCAUAAAUCAGAGGCAAAAAGACAGACCAUUGAAAGCCUCUAGAGAUCCAAUUUAUAUUGAUUUAUUUCUUCAUAUAUACACACUUCAAAUGCCAUUACUUUCCUUCUUUCACUAGUUGAUUUAUAAACUUUUCUCAUAUUCUGGAUCAUAA